AUGCGGCUGGCCACCUGCAACACCCUGCCCGCAGCAGCAGCAGCAGCGGCGGCGGCGCCGCCGCUGCGCUGGCGGCCGCUGCUGGCGGCGGGCAGCAGCCUGGCGGCACCACACGCCCUGGCCGGCAGCUGUCUGUGCCGCCGGCGCCGGCAGGCCGCAGCAGCUCCAGCAGCAGCAGCACUAGACUUUGCGACCGGCGGCUCCGGCAGCGGCGGGCUGGAGCUGCUUGCGCUGCCGCCGCAGGCGGCGGCGCAGCUGGUGGGGGAGGUCGGCGACGGCCUGGAAGCUCCUGUGCAGCUGGCGUACCUGCUGACCCUCAUGGGGUUCCUGGUGGUGGGCGCCUACCUGGUGGUGCGCCAGGUGCUGAUCAGGCGGGAGCUGGAGGAGGCGGCCAAGGUGCUGGGGGAGCGCGUGCGCACCAACGACGCUACCAGCGAGGACUACUUUGAGCUGGGCGUGAUCCUGCUGCGCAAGAAGCUGUACACCCAGGCCACCAAGAACCUGGAGAAGGCGCAGAAGAACUGGCAGGGGGAGCCUGAGGAGCUGGCGCAGGUGCACAACGCGCUGGGCUUUGCCUUCUUCAACAUGGACAAGGUGGACGCCGCCAUCGACCAGUACCGCAAGGCCGUGGACCUGCAGCCGGGAUACGUGACGGCCUGGAACAACCUGGGCGACGCGUACGAGCGCAAGAAGGACUACUCGCCCGCGCUGGCGGCGUACCGCGAGGUGCUCACCUAUGCGCCGGACAACAAGGUGGCGCAGGCGCGCAGCGAGUACUGCCGCACCCGCAUCGAGCGCACCGCCUGA